UCUCACUCCACUCCAUUCUCCGUUCAACUAAACUCUCAAUUCUCCUGUUCUAACAGUAAUAGCCACUUUACAGUAAUAGCCAUGGCUGGUAGAGGAAAGACCUUAGGUUCUGGAGCAGCGAAAAAGGCUACAUCACGUAGUAGCAAAGCGGGGCUCCAGUUUCCUGUGGGUCGUAUAGCCCGUUUUCUUAAAGCGGGUAAGUAUGCUGAACGGGUCGGUGCUGGUGCCCCGGUGUACCUUGCUGCUGUUCUCGAGUACCUUGCUGCUGAGGUGCUUGAAUUGGCUGGAAAUGCAGCAAGGGAUAACAAGAAGACUAGGAUAGUUCCAAGGCAUAUUCAAUUAGCUGUGAGGAAUGAUGAAGAAUUGAGCAAGUUGCUUGGAGAUGUGACAAUUGCUAAUGGUGGUGUUAUGCCCAACAUCCAUAACCUUUUGCUUCCUAAGAAAGCUGGUGGUUCAUCAAAGCCUUCUGCUGAUGAGGAUUAGAUGGAUAAGAGAAGAAGAUUUCAAGUGUUGAGGGUUAAAUUUGGGUUUUGAGUAGCUGGUGUUUGUUGUCUUAGAGUCCAUAGAAAUUAGGUGAAAUUGGUCAUGGUUUCUUAGUUCUUUUGGUUUAUUCACAGUUGCUAGGGUUUAUGUUUAGUCUGUAUAUACAAAUGGAGUGAUGAAUGAAAGACCUUUUUAUGUUUUUGAA